GGGGAAUGCCCGAGAAAGCCAAGCAAAUAGUUACAUCUGCUCAGACCGGAUGACAUAGAGCGACUCUGUUGUGUGUAGCCGACUCCACACUUGAGUGACAUUCCCCGCUGGAGCACUGGAGGAAGCCAGGAGCAUGUGUGAUCUGGUGAAGAACUUGGUUCAGAAGUUGCUAAAGAUUUUAUAGAGGCUGAGGGCUCUGCGUGAGGCCUUGGUUCUUCCUAAAAGGCUGAGCUGUGGGCCCUGUCGGGUGGCCUUCAUCAUAAUCUUCACAUAGCCUGCCAUGGAUGAGAUACAGGAACCUCUAGCCUUGACUGUGCAUCUUCUUGCCGACACUGGGAACGGUUUGCUUCUGCAGCAGGCUCUGGACCAACUACUAGAAUGUAUCUGCCCAGAGGUGCGUCUCUUCCUGGUGUCUGAACGUGCCAGGCCAGUGAACUACCAUGAAAAGUACCACCCGCGGAGGGCCCGCUUCCCAGGAAUGUCUGUUUUGCUCUUCCUUCAGGAAAGCCUGGGACAAGAACGGUUGUUUCGAGUCUUGGACUUCCUACGGCGUUCACCCUGGCAGGGUUUCCCUACCCAGCAUGCACAGGGGAGGUCUUGUUCUUAUCUCCCUGCCAAUCAGGAAUUCUACAGUCUGCACAACCAGAUGCCAGUGUGGGGCAUGAGGCCAGUGAAUUGUGGCACUGAUAUCCUCAGGGUGACUCUGUACUGCAGUUUUGAUAACUAUGAAGAUGCCAUCAGACUCUAUGAGAUGCUUCUACAGAGAGACGCCACUGUGCAAAAGAGCGACUUCUGUUUCUUUGUCCUCUAUGCCACCGAGGGCUUCAGCCUGCAGCUCUCUCUGAAGCAGCUGCCCCUGGGAAUGUCAGUAGACCCCAAGGAGUCUUCUGUGCUGCAGUUCAGGGUUCAAGAGAUUGGGCAGCUGGUGCCUCUUCUACCCAAUCCGUGUGUUCCCAUCAGCAGCGCGAGGUGGCAGACUCAGGACUAUGAUGGCAAUAAGAUUCUGCUGCAGGUCCAUCCGAAGCCAGGAGUUGGCAUUAAAAAUGGUGAGCAUCCCUUCUUGAACGGCUGCUUGAGAGGUGACACACAUCCACAGGACUCCAGUCUGAACUCCGUCUCCACACAGAGAACCUUGGAGCCAAGGAGCCGGAGGAGGAGCAGGAGUCGGAGGUUCAAAGUACAUUCGCUGGAGCUUCCACAACCCAGUGGCUCAUGGGAAAACUCUACUGACCCUUUGUGGAGAAGGCUUGGCUGGUCCACCCUGGCCGACAGCUCCGCGUCAGGCAUGCAGCAGCGCCGACUGUCUAUCCCCAUAGAACCCAAGAUGGGAAGGAACGUUCUUAGAGAAGAUGGCUUUGAGAAGCUCGAGGCGGAGACAAAUGUUGACACUGGCUUCACCAUCAUCAAUUCCGAACCCAGGCGAUCUUUUCCGAGCAGAUUUCCCAGGGAUUUUCAGAGCAGCCAACCACCACGCUGCUUGUCAGGCUCUUCCUUAGAGGUAACUGUUUCCCCAAACCAAGGAGUCUUUAAGGAUAGACUCCACCCUCUGUCACUUCCUAGUCAAAGGGACUUUGGUGCAAAGAAGGUCAUCUCAAAAUGUUCCCAUCAUCUGCAGGCCCAGGGUGAAGAGAAAGAAGAAUUCUUUAUAUAGCAUAAAACAAUUGUGGUUUUUUUUUUCCUAAGACACGAGAAUGUUAUAGAAACCAAGCGUUGUAUUAGUUGCCUUUGUAGUUGAAAUGAGAAAUAUCCUACAAAAGCAAGCAAAGGUUUAAGAGUCAGCCCCAUUCAUGGCUGGGAAGUCACAGAAGCAAGAGUGUGACUGGUUACGUUUCCUCUACAGUCAGGUAGCAGAGGGGGAUGGAUGCUGGCGAUCUGCCUGCCUUUUUAAAAGCUCAAUCUGGGACUCCAGCUCAUGGGAAGAUAUUACCCAUUUUUAGGGUUGGUCUUCCUUCCUCAGUUAAAUCUUUCUGGAAACACCCUUCUAGAUACACCCAGAGAUGGGUUUCCAUGGUGUGUCUGAAUCCAGUUGACAGUGAAGAUCGGAUCUACGAACAUUUAGUUUCUUGCUCCUUUGAGAGAGAUCUAGGCUCUCGAUGCCCAGUAUUAGAAGUCCACGGGGAUCUGACAGUGUGCUGGCCAGUUGGAAGGGAGAGAAAGAAAACCCAGGGUCUGAGCUUCUCAGAGACACAGCUCAGAUGCAUGUGUUGGCUCAGCACCUAGCAGGGCCUUGGCACUGUGUGGAAAUGAAUCAGAUGUGCUAUGCAAAUCUGAUUAGUGUGUGUAAUAUGGUUUUAAUUUUUCCUUGAGGUUGCAUAGCUUAUCCCCUUGGACAGUAGGAACUAUUUAUUCUUUAGUGCGUUUUAAUUUUUGUGUGGCCUCCUUUGGUAAGUAGGCCCUGUUUACGAUACACCCUCUUGUGGUUUUGCCUUUAAAGUUCUUUGCAUAUGAAACGAGUGAAGAAUGCAAAGUGUUUUAAAAUUAUAAAUACCACCCCCUCCCCUGUUUAAUUAGUAACAAUACUCGAAGCCAGAAAGCUAGGUUCAAAAUGAGUGCUAGACUCAGAGAUAUUUCUACUCUUUUGUCUCUCAUUUGUUCAUGUCCUACUUGAAAGAGAUCAUCAGGUCUUGUUAAAACAAAAACAAACAAACAAACAAACAAACACAAAAAAACAAACAAAACAAAAACAAACAAACAAACAAAACCAAGGAAGACAGGGAUGAUUAGAAAAUUCUGUAUCUCCACUGAGCAUGCCGAAAGGUUGUGUUGGCUGAGUUGCUAGACCAGGACUUGAGUUCUAGCUGUAUUUUGGGGGCUCCUGGGGCUUGUAUGUUCACGUAAUAAACAUUUUUUUUUGCAUGCAGU